AUGAUGGAAUCUUUUUUACAUUUAUUAAUAGUAAUCGAUCUAGUAUUUGCCCAAAUUUUGCUUAGCAAUAAUCUUUACACAGUCUCAUCUCAACAAAAUAAUUAUGACAAUAUCAAUGGACUUCAUAAUACCGUGGAUCAUGUCGACUCAUAUGCUCUAAUGUUGCAACCGCGUAAUACUUAUGCUUCGAAUGUUCCGUUUCGACGAAAUGGCUCCGCAAGUGUUAAUAUAGAAAUACAUCUUAAAGAAUAUGUGAAUGAGAGAUUGCGACUGCCUGACGGUAAGACGUGCGUUUGCCCUGCUGGGUUCACGUGUAAUUAUCUUGGUUCCACAGCAAUGGCCAGAUGCUAUAUGUCUUUCAUGAUUAUUAUCUCAUCUUCUGAUGAUUCAGUGCAAUAUGCUUCAACGGGAUUUCUUCCACUAAGUUCAUCCGGUUCAGUUGAUUUUCGAGCGUUAACCACAACGCAAUAUAAUCAGUGGACUCAGCCAUAUCUUUUCAAUUUACAGUCCAAGCCUUCUGCGAUUGACAUCUUUGUUCAUCAUAUGGGGAUGGUUAUUGAUACAGAAACAGGGGAGCUAACCCAAAUGCAAACGGUAGUACAUGUUGAUACUUUUAUUCAAUCACUGACCGAUGUUGUUCCUUCUGUUGCUUCAAUGCCUCAAGUUAUUCAAACAAUUACUCUCACAGGAACGAUAUUACAAACUCAGCUAUCAUUGUCGUUCGUCGUGCAGUGUACCGGUUCAUUAUAUGGACCAAACUGUGAUCUGAAUUGCAAUACUUCAUCUUUAAAUUCAGCUAUUGCCAUUUGUCAGUCGAAUAAAACUGGCUUUUUCUAUACCUGUAGUUAUGCAACAGCUCCACAAGUACAAAAUUGCGUGGCAUGCAUCUGGGGAAUCGUUGAAAGUUCGUAUUGUCGUGAUUCAAAUGGAAAGGCAAUCGAUCCUUCUGUAACCCUUGUAUCAUCAGAAUUCAAAUUUACUACUAUUGUUCUUGGAAUCAGCUGUGCAAUACUUUUUAUUUUGCUAAUUGCUGUAACAAUUUAUUCCUGCAUUCUUGUUAAUCGACGUAAUAGACAGCAGCAAGAAGAUGAUGCUCCUGGGCACAACUAUCGAUCUUCAAUCCGAGUUGAAGCAAAUAGCAAUCAGACUCUUUUACAGUCUGCUUGUCCAGUCAGAUUAAAUUCAAAUUUGAUUCCACCUUACGAUCAUCCACAAGCACCAUUAAUUUCUUCACGAAAUUUUCCAAGAUCGGCACCUUUAACUCAUCUUGGUGGUGAUUCUUCUUUGAAUGAUACGUUGAAUAGUACGAUAAGCAGUAUUCAAUUACCCAGUAGGGAAGCUGAUGUUUGA